AAUCCGUGGGGGUGGCGCGAACCGCUAGGAUAUAAGGACAGGACCCUGGAGCUUCCAAGGACACGCGAAGAGGAUCUGAACUUGCUGGAGCGUGAAAGGGUAAGAGAGGGUCUUAGAUCUUUUUUCCUGAUCCGAAGAAUUCCCGCUUCUCCUCAGGCCCGUCCCACCUACCCAACACUUGGCGGGAGGAGGAGGACACCAGAGCCAUCACGACCCAAGGCGACAUCUGUGCUUGUCUCUUCUUCCUGGGAGCCCCAGCUGGUUGCUCAGGAAGUUCCCUAAAGGUCCUUCAGGACUGAUUUUGGUGGAAGGAGACAUCAGGGAGUGGUAAUUCACUGUGUUGGUGGGAACUCUGGUUACAUUCAAAGGUUUAAGAAAGUUAUCCUGUAAAUCCAACAGAAUCAGCAGCUUUUGUUUUAAAAAUUCUUUGUUUCUUCUGUAGGAUCACUAUGAAGAUGAGUCACCGCUCCCUGGUGGUGGAAUUAUCUUGCCCAGACUUGGUCAUCAAUGUAGGAAAAGUGACUCUUGGAGACCAAAGCAGAAAUGAGCUGCAGGAAACUCAGAGAGACCACGAGAAGGCAAAAGUUAUACAGGCUGCGUGUGCUCUAUUAAACUCAGGAGGAGGAGUGAUUCGGCUGGAAAUGGCAAAUGAGGAUGAGUAUCCUAUGAAGAUGGGAAAAGAUUUAGCAUGCUCAUUGAGAGAGCUCAUUCAGUCUUCGUAUUUUCCGGCAUUUUUUGAGUUCAAGCAACAAGGUAGAAGUUUCUACAUCUUUGUCAAAUCUUGGAGCAAUGAUGCUCUUGCUGAAGAUAGUUCUGUCAAACCCCACAUCUGCAGCCUGAAUUCUUCACUGUACUCUACAUCUUGCUCCUACGUGCUUCCCAUGGAUUCAAGAGAGGCAUUACAAUUCCUAAAGAAGAAGAAAAACGAUGCAAAACAUAGUCUGAUUAGUGAAACAGAAACAUCUCCACUUAGUGGAAUUUCCAAAGCUGACCACCACAACACCUCUGAAUCAAAUCCUGCCUACAAAGUUUUCCAAAUGAAGAGUCUAAAACAUGGUGACAUUCUGCCUUUUUCUCAGUCUCAGUCCAUAGAGUUUGAACAAUUCAACACAACAGACAUUGAACAACAUAUAAUAAACUUAAUUCCACGAUAUGUCUCUGCAUUUGCAAACACUGGAGGAGGCUACCUCUUUAUUGGAGUGGAUGAAAAUAGUAGGAAAGUCCUGGGAUGUUCAAAAGAAAAGGUUGACCUCAAGUCUUUGGAAAGUGUAAUAGAAGGAGCAAUUUCCAAUUUGCCUCUUGUCCACUUUUGCUCUUCCCAACCAAAGAUGGAGUACAGCACCAGAAUCAUCAAUGUGUUUAAAAGAGAAGAGUUAUAUGGUUAUCUCUGUGUGAUUAAAGUGGAGCCAUUCUGUUGUGUGGUGUUCUCAGAAGAUCCCAAAUCAUGGAUGGUGAAUGAGAAGAAUGUCUGCAGGCUGACAGCAGGGAAAUGGGUUGACAUGUUGACAGAUACAGACCCAGAGUUAAUUUCAGAGUUGGCCGAGGCUUUUGAAUCUCAGCUGAGUCUGUCCCACAGACCUCCACUUUGCAGACCAGUGUAUUCUAAGAAAGGUCUGGAACAUAAAGCAGAUCUCCAACAACGUUUGUUUCCAGUGCCAUCGGAUCAUUUGAGAUACACUCCCGAAUCCCUCUGGCAGGAGCUGGUCUCAGAGCAUGAAGGACUGGAGGAGUUAAUACACAGGCAGAUGCGUCCUUUCUCCCAGGGAAUUUUGAUCUUCUCCAGAAGCUGGGCUGUCGACCUGAACUUGCAAGAGAAGGAGGGAGUCCUCUGUGAUGCUCUGCUGAUAGCACAGAACAGCCCCCCCAUUCUCUAUACUAUUCUCGGGGAGCAGGAGGCAGGGGGGCAGGACUACUGCAACUCCACAGCCUUUACCUUGAAGCAGAAGCUGGUGAACCUGGGGGGCUACACUGGGAAGCUGUGUGUCAUGGCCAAGGUCCUCCACCUGAGUGCUGAGAGCAACACAGAGAGCAUGGAGGGUGCAGUUUGUCUGAUAAGUUACCCCAGGUCCUACACCCUUGUGGACACCCAGCAAGCAGAAGCCUUGCUGCAGGCCCUGGUGAUCGUCCUCCUCAGCUUCAGGUCCCUCCUGAGUGACCAGCUCGGUUGUGAGGUUUUAGAUCUACUCACAGCCCAACAGUAUGCCCUGUUCUCUAAAAACCUGCGCAAGAACAGAGAAUUGUUUGUCCAUGGCUUGCCCGGCUCAGGGAAGACAAUCAUGGCCAUGAAGAUCAUGGAGAAGAUCAGGAAUGUGUUUCACUGUGGGACAGAUAGAAUUCUCUACAUUUGCGAGAACCAGCCUCUGAGGAACUUUAUCAGUAACAAAAACAUCUGCGAGGCAGUGACCCGGAAAACUUUCAUGAAAAAGGACUUCAAACAUAUUCAGCACAUCAUCGUUGAUGAAGCUCAGAAUUUCCGCAAAGAAGAUGGGGACUGGUAUGAGAAGGCACGAACCAUCACUCAGAGGACGAAUGUUUGCCCAGGAAUUCUCUGGAUCUUUCUGGACUACUUUCAAACCUGCCACUUGGAUGAGAGUGGCCUCCCCCCUCUCUCGGAGCAGAAUUCAAAAGAAGAGCUCACCAGAGUGGUCCGCAAUGCAGAGCCAAUUGUCAACUUCCUACUAGAAGAAAUGCAAGCAAUUAGAAAUAGCCCUCCAGAUAACAUCCCUUCUGAGUACCUGAGGAUGCUUCUUGAAGCUGAAUGGGCUCGCGGUAUUCAGGGAUACUUAAAAAUUGAGGAAGACUUAACUCGUGAGAAAAUAGUGACCUACGUGGCAAACACCUGCAAGGCCCUGUUUGCAAAAGGCUAUUCUGAGAAAGACGUUGCUGUGCUUGUAAGCACCAGCAGAGAAGUGGAGCGUUACAAGCAUGAGCUCCUAAGAGCAAUGAGGAAGAAAAGGAUUUUGCAGCUCAGUGAUGCAUGUGAUGCAUCUGGUGAUCACAUCGUGUUGGACAGCGUCCGGAGAUUCUCAGGCCUGGAAAGGAACAUAGUAUUUGGUAUCCAUCCGAGUACACCUGAGACAGCUAUCUCCCACAAUUUUCUAGUCUGUCUGGCUUCAAGGGCAAAGCAACAUCUAUAUAUUCUGUGGCGUAGUGUCUGAUAGGAAGAAUUCCAAACGAAAAUGAGAUGCAAUUGCUGUGUCAGUGUCUGUGGGUGAAAGGCUGCUUGUUGUUGGCAGGAACUGCCUUUCAGUUCAUAAGCCUCCUGAGAUUUGGACAAUGAACUUGAAAUUCCUCCUCCUCCCUUGCUCUCCUUUCGGGGGUUCCUCUCUUGGUUCUUUCCAGCAGCGGUGGUUGCCCCGUAUUCUGUCCCCUGAAUCUUCCAGCCAGAAGGAUGGUGGUUUUCUAUCAAAGCUUUUGCCCCCAUGCACAAUACACUUCUGUACCUAAAGGGAAGAGGCCAGGGAGACUGCUAAACAUCCCAUAUUGUACAGGAUAACCGCACAACAAAGAAUUUUCCACCCCCAAAUCUUUUUUUCUUCCUUUCUUUC